CGACAGACACGUUCGGAGGGGCUGGGAGUCCGGAUCCGCCAGCCAGACCCUGGUUCUGAACUCGAGUCCUGGCGAUUCCCACCUGGUUCUGGAGUGACUGGAUCCGAGCAAUUGGGAUCCAGCUCUUUCCCUGGUACUGACAUCGCUGGAGCCAGGAGAUCUGGAUCCAGACCCUGGUUCUGACAUCCCUGGAGUGGCGCAGAUCCAGACCCCGGUUCUGAUGUCGCUGGAGCAGCCUGGAUCCAGACCCUGGUUCUGAAGUCACUGGAGCAGCCCAGAUCCAGACCCUAGUUCUGAGGUUGCUGGAUCCAGGAGAUCCAAAUCCAGAGCCUGGUUCUGAUGUCCCCGGUGUGGGGUGGAUCCAGACUCCGGUUCUGAAGUCGCUGGAUCAGGAGGGCUGGGACCUGGUUCUGACGUCCCCAGAGCGGCCCAGAUCCGGACCCUGGUUCUGCCCUCCCCGUCUGUGCGAUCACCAUGCUGCCCCUGCUGGCACUCUCUCUCCUGCUGGCGCUGCCCGGCGCCAGCCCCAAGGAGUGCUUCUUCUGCGAGGUGACAUCCUCCCGCCACUGCCCCAGCACCCGCAUGAGCUGCGCCCAGGAUGAGGAUUGCUUCGUGGGGCACGGGGCCGCCCUGGGCGUCUCCCUCAUCCAGACCAAGGGCUGCACCCGGGCCAUCCGCUGCGGCAAGGAGCACCCCGUCACCCACAUGGGGGUGACCUACAGCCUGGUCACCGUGUGCUGCAAGGGCAGCCUGUGUAACGGGGCCGGCGCCCGCCCGCGAGGGCCCAGCCUGGGUCUGCAGCUGGCGCUGGGCACGGCCGUCCUGCUGCGGGCGCUGUGAGAGACUCGGGGGGAGGGUUGCGUGAAGAGGCGUUGGCAGAAUAAAGCCCUGGC